CGGGGUGGGGGCGGCGGGGCUGGAGUCGGAGCGCGCAGGGCGCAGCGAGCGGGAGCGCGGCGGCCACUGGCUCCGGGGAGGUACCUGCGCGGCCAGCGCCCGAGGGACCCACGACACGCGAGCGGCCGCGCCCCGCGCUCUGCCCCCACCCCCGGGGCCGCGUCGUCCGCGCGCCGCCCUGCUCUGCAUGGCACAAACUUUCAUCCCGGGACACAGCACGCUGUCUCCGUGAGCCCGCGCCACGGUCGCCGCUGCUGGUCCCCUAAGACAGCUGUCGAGAUGGGUUGCAGUCUGAACAAGCUGGAGAAACGGGACGAGAAGAGGCCUGGAAACAUUUACUCAACUCUGAAGAGACCUCAGGUGGAGACCAAGGUAGAUGUGACCUAUGAAUACUGCUUUCUAGAGUUCACCACACUGACUGCCGCGGAGCUGCCGAGGUCCUCAGCCACAAGGUUAGCCUCUCUGCGGGACCUGCCUGACCAGCUCCUGGAGCUGUACCAGCAAGGCUUCUCACUGGCUGCCCUGCACCCCUUUGUGCAGCCAACACACAGGCAAGAGAAGACACCCCUGGAGCACAUCUUUAGGGCCAUCCUUGUCAAGAAAACCAGCAGGUCUCAGAAGGCCGAGCCUCACAAUGAAGGCUACAUCUUGGAAUUGGAUUACUGCUCCUCCUUGGAACACCUGGCAGACCAGAAGCUCAUCCCAGAGUUUAUUAAGAAGGUACAGGAGGCUGCAAGUCGAGGCUUGAAGUUCGUUAGUGUGGUGCCUCAGUACCGGUCCUCUGUGAGCUCAGCAGGCAGCAGGCAUCUCGCUCCUGUUGCCAACAGUGUUGAAGAUACCACGGAUGUGAGAUACACCUUUGGGGACCAUUCACCCUUGGAAAAUGAUACCCCAAAGGCUGCAGAUAUGGAUGCUGCCACUGUAGGAGUGAACCGAAGAUCAGAGCCCAACCCAGGAUCCACAGAGGAGAUACCCAGCGCCCAGCAGCCUGGAGAAGAGAAUGAGGCUGGCGAGUUUCCACUGCGGGAUUUGAGGCCAACACUGGAUGGAUCAGAGGGUGACCCCUCAAAUGGGCAUGAAGAGCUGCCCUCCAGGAAGAUGGAGAUCUUCGCCUUUUUCAACAGACCGAAGAGCCAGCAGAAGUGUCGGCAGUACUACCCCGUCACCAUCCCCCUCCAGGUCUCCAAGAACGGUCAGACAGUGAGCAGUCUGGACGCCAGCUGGCUGGAGCACAUGAGCGACCAUUUCCGGAAAGGUGGUGUGCUGGUGAACGCCGUCUUCCAGCUCGGCAUGGCUAACGAUUCCUUCUAUGGCCUGACAGAUGGAGUAUUCAUCUUUGAAGCUGUUUCCACAGAAGAUAGCAAAACCACACAGGGCUAUGACGCUAUUGUUGUGGAACAAUGGACAGUCCUGGAAGGUACAGAGGUGCAGACCGACUACAUGCCCCUGCUGAACUCGCUGGCAGCCUAUGGAUGGCAGCUCACCUGUGUGCUGCCAACACCCAUACUCAAGACUACCAGGGAAGGAAACGUGUCCACCAAGCAGAUUGUGUUUCUUCAGAGACCGUGUCUACCUCAGAAAACCAAGAAGAGGGAAUCUAAGUUCCAGUGGCGAUUCUCCCGGAACGAGAUCCACAGCAGGCAGACAAGGAAAUCCAAAGGGAAACUCAGCACCAGCGACAAGCAGGAAGCAGAAGAGAACGAGAAGAAUCUAGAAGACCAGUUCACCAAGGCUGGAGAUGUGGGAAACUGUGUGCUGGGGGCACAGCAGUGGGGCAGGGCCUCUGAGGUCAGGGAGCAAAGGCGGGGCUCCACAGCUGUGCAGAAUGGCCCUGCUGGCCACAACAGGGACUCGGUGGCCCUUAGGCACUCGAAUCCCAGAGCAGAAGCUGAGCUUGCUCAAGGCCCUGCUUCAACAGAAGCAAAUUGAGUCCGUAGUAGUUUGUACUAGGCCUCCAUUGUGAUUGCAAACCUUGGGAAGCUUGCUAGCAGCUGGUUUGUUCUGUGUUACCCUUUGGCUUGGCCUCCUAUCUUUAGCUCAAUGGCCCUGGGAGGACGGGUCUCUGACGGUGUUGUUUUCUGCACAUCCACUGGAAAGCUGUUUUAAUGGUCCACUUAUAUUAGAGUGCAAGGUUGGGCUGUUCCUCCUAGACCUCAGGGCCGGAGGCCUGGCUCUGGUCUGCCUCUUCCACAAGGGACGGGAUGGACCACAGUGCCUGUACUGCCCCACAGGGCUCCGGGGCACAUCUUGGUCAACUUCUGGGACAUCUUUUGCUACAAACCAAGGUUUUUCUUCUCACUCGUACAUGCUGCUUCUCUUGGCAAGAACUUAGUGACUUUAACCCUGCAGCCUGCCGGCUGGCCUUCUCCACCUGAACUCUAGAGACACUGCUGUUGUGGAAGGCCACAACACGAUGUUGGAGAAGAGGAGGUACCCAAGCCUCCAGCCUGUCUUAAGAUAGUUCUAUAGAUACUGGUGAUCUGGAAACAAACAGGUAAAAUUCCCUGUGCCCCGGCUCUUACAGAAUGUUCAAGAAAGUAUUCUGUGUUAAUAUUAAUGCCAAAAAAUAUUGUUCUUAAAUUUUUAAAUUUUGUCUUCAACACAUGUAUGAAUAUGUUGUCAUUUUGAGCAGUUGGUAACUGGGUGCCCUUGUGUGCUAUUUUUGUUGACGUGUCGUUGACUGAGUUGUAUGCUGUGCCUGUCACAUGUUUAUACUGUCCAUAAAGUGUUGUUAAGGCUUUAAGUAGAAGCAUCUGGCGAACCGUGGAAAGAGAACACCAGUUGUCUCAGUGGAAACAGCCCUGUCUCUUUCUUGUUUAGUUAUUUAAAGCAAUAAAUGACCUGAGUUUA